AUGGAAUCAACAAGUACCUCACUGCUCUCUGAAGAACUGUCAGACUUGAUUGGUGCCAAUUCAUCGUCAACUGCUUUAUUCAGUAAACUUAGCAAGGAGCUAGGAUACCCGGACAGCAAAACAGGAUGGGAUAACCCAACGUUCAUACUGUACGAAAGGAAGGAUUGGCAGGCUCUGCCUACUUCGCAGACACCGCCUAUCGUGAAGCCUGUCAGAGCAGUCAGGUUUACAGACACAGGCCCAGGUAUACCUUACUGUACGGACCAUGAGAUGUGUGCACCGAUCAUACAACAACUACAGCAGAAACACAUCCAGGACCUGGGCAUGGUCGAUAUACAGUACAACUUUCUGAUCGGCAACGACGGCACCUUAUUUGAAGGCAGAGGCUGGCAUUCCGCACCUCACAUGACACCGGAGGAGGAGCAGAUUGGAGAGUAUUUCUAUCAUUUCGCUUACAUAGGCGACUUUAGCAGAAGAAGCCCAACAUUCCAUAUGCUUACCAAUGGAUACAGCAUGAUGGUUAAGGGAGAGUCGUUGAAGUACAUUGUGAGACCUCCAAAGAUAACUAAUUUGAAAACACUAAAAAAGUCAGUUGAAAAUGAAUUGACUCUGUUAUAUAAGCGUUUUGAACAGAAGCAUCCAGAUUUGUAAGAAUACGUUGUCAUUGCAAUCCUAAAAUUGUAUAGCUUUAAACAAAGGUAACUAGGUAUAAUACUAGAAAGGUAUACAACAAAAACUAUCCAUAAAACAAUAUAUGUU